AUGGGCCAGGAAGAGUCCUCUAUGAGUUAUGGCGGCCCGCCCGUCACACUCACUGAGCGAAGCCUUGACGCUGUCGCCGAGUAUAUCAAAUCGGGUCGGAGCAAGAGAAUUGUCGUCUUGACUGGUGCUGGUAUCUCCACUGCUGCUGGAAUCCCCGACUUUCGAUCGCCUGGAACAGGUCUUUACGCCAACCUUGCCCGCCUCAAUCUGCCUUACGCCGAAGCCGUUUUCGAUAUCUCUUAUUUUCGCAAUCACCCCGAGCCCUUCUAUGUUCUAGCAAACGAAUUAUACCCAGGGAAAUUCUCUCCGACCGUCUCCCAUGCCUUCAUUGCCCUCCUCGCCCGCAAGGGCCUUCUUCAGAUGCUCUUCACACAGAACAUCGAUUGCCUUGAGCGCGUAGCUGGAGUACCUUCGGACAAGAUCAUUGAGGCCCAUGGAAGCUUUGCGACACAGCGCUGCAUCGAGUGCAAGGAGGAAUACCCGGAUGAGAAGAUGAAGGAGCACGUCUUUGGAGGCAAGGUUCCCCAUUGCGACAAGGAGGGCUGCAAGGGACUUGUAAAGCCAGAUAUCGUCUUCUUUGGGGAAGCGCUGCCCAAGGCAUUCGACAACAAUACGUAUCAAGUAGCGAUGGCCGACCUCGUUUUGAUCGUGGGUACCAGUCUCAGCGUUUACCCCUUCGCUGCUCUCCCAGGCAUGGCGCCAGAGGGCAAACCUCGUGUGCUUUUCAACAUGGAAAAGGUGGGUCAAAUUGGAACCCGAUCUGAUGAUGUGAUGGAACUCGGCGAUUGCGAUGCCGGUAUUCGCAAGCUUGCUGAUGCGCUUGGCUGGCGAGACGAGCUCGAGAAGCUCUGGAGGCAGACCGUGGGCGAUGCCGAGGCAGAUCGACAGCUCGGCGGUAGAGAGAAGGAUGAUGUACAGGAUGAGGUUGAGCGCUUGGCCGCCGAAGUUGGUGCUGUCGUUAUUGACGAGAGCGACGAAGGCGUGCCCUUGAAAAAGGAGCCCACGAAGCACAAGGAUGGUCCCACUGUCUCGGAAACGCCAAAGGACGAUGACAAGCAACGCGAAUCAGAAACAGCUACAGCUACUACAGAAUUGGAAAAUGAUACCAAGGAGACGCCCAAGACUCAACAACCUAAACUAGAUCGAUCUAAUGUUGAGCAGCUUGGGGCCGAGGCAAACAAGACAGAGUCUUUAGUCACAGAGCUGCCUAAGCCACAAACCCCUGAAGAAGAGCUACCAAAAGCAGAGACAUCAAAGGCAGAGGCUACAAAAGAAGGAACUGUACCAGCAGCUCUCAGGCACAAGGAGAAGUAG